UUAAGCGCAGUAUACAUUCACACAGUUGCACGCCCGUUACAUGACGACUUUGCAGGUAGCACCUUACAACUUUCACGUACCUGUUCGUCAAAUGGAAAAUUACCAUGCACGUGACCUAGAUUUGAAGCAUAUUGCUAACGUAAGCCCGACUGCAGAAAUGACGGCGGCUCAACAACACUGCGACUUAAGCUGGAUACCAGUCAUCGAUAUAAAGGCGUUUGAUAUCACAAAAGAAGAGAAUGAGGUGGACAGAAAAGAAAUGGAAAAAUUGGCAAAUGAUGUGUUCAAAGCUUUCAGCACCGUAGGUUUUGUAUACGUGAAAAAUCACGGAAUUCCCCAAGACCAGCUUGAGAAUAUAUUUAGUUUAGCUGAUGAGUUUUUUGCACAACCACAAGAGACCAAGGACAAGUUCAUUCGUCCCUUAUCUGACCCAAGUGGAAUUGGUUACAUUCCAAUAGGGAGAGAAAUGGAGUCCUUUGAUGCUAUUCCUGGAGGAGCUUAUAAUCAGCUAUGGCCAGGUAUCCCAAACUUUGAGAAGGAUGUGGUGGAGUUCCACAGAACUUGUGCCAAGCUGAGCCUUCGAAUGCUGAAACUGAUUGGGAUGGGACUUGGACUGGAGGACCAAAAUGAGUUACUCGCGUGCCAUACAAAUCUCGUCAACUGGCGUGACAACAGCUCAACCACGUUAAGACUGUUGACAUAUCCUCCUUACACCGAAAAAGAAGACCUGACCCCAGGCCAGACACGAUGUGGUGAACACACGGAUUACGGCUCCAUAACUCUGCUCUUCCAGGAUGAUAUAGGAGGCCUUGAGGUGCAGACAGUAGCUGGAGAGUACAAACCAGCCACACCUAUACCUGAUACCAUAGUGGUCAUCUUGGCUGACAUGAUGCCCAGGUGGACCUCGGACAGGCUGAAGGCCACGCUGCACCGAGUUGUGCCUUCCCAUAGGAAUAACAGACGUAGAAGUCUGAUCUAUUUCACUGACCCUGAUCGUUCUACGAUUGUGAAACCUCUUGAUGGAUCGGACACAUACCCUCCUAUCUGUUAUACAAGAUACGUGACACAGCAGUUUGUCAGCACAGGAAUCCUGGGUGAAGACCAUUAUGGUGACGUGGCCGAAUAA